AUGAUAAAUCUAAGCUUUGAACAUUUUUUUAUCUUUGCAUCUGCGCUUCUGUUUCCGCCAGUUCUGUUCAUUGUUGUAACUAUCAGCAUAUUGGCAACAUUCGAAAAGUCCUUUGGAUUGGAAGAGAAAUAUAUUGGGCUUUUAAUAAAGUUUAAAAUCUUUGUUGCUGUUGAUUUUAUUUUCCCUUAUUAUUGGUGUAACAUACCUAUUCCGCAGUUGUGUAAUAGUGAGUGGGGAGCUGCCCAAGUGAAGGAAGUUCGAGAUAACGAACCUGAUGAUAAGAACAUCGAAACACCUAAAGAUGGGGAACUUGUCGACGUGCGGGAAAUGUCGCAAGGAUGCGAUCGUGGAGAGUGUAUUAUUCACCGUGAAGCUACCAUCCCUUUGGAAUUCGGAGAUUAUGAAAAAGAGGUGGACUGUCGAGGGUGGGCAACGAUCCGGGACAGCACAGAGUUUGUAAAGGCUGGGAUUGAAGCGAUCAUUGAAGACGAGGUUACCAGGCGGUUCAAUGCGGAACAGCUGGCAACUUGGAACAUGCUAACUCGCACACGAGUUUCCUUCUAUCACGCUGCCAAUUGGAAGCUUACUGUGCUAUGGGCUUUUGGUUUUAUCGUUCGAUACACGAUCUUAUUUCCAUUGCGUCUCAUGUCGUUUGUGGUCGGGUUCAUGUUUUUGCUAGUGUCUACAGCGGCAAUAGGGAUUUUGCCAAAUGGUGACGUUAAAAAAGCACUAAAUGCGAAAUGCAUGCUUGUUUGCCAUCAAGUGCUGUCUAAAGGCUUCACAGCGGUUGUGUAUUUUCACAACCCUGAAAACCGGGCUUGCUCUGGAAGUAUUUGCGUAGCAAACCACACAUCACCCAUCGACGUACUAAUACUCGGAUUGGAUAACGUUUACGCUCUGAUUGGUCAGCGGCAUACUGGACUACUUGGAGCUACGCAACGCGCACUCAGUCGCUCUAGCAGUCAUAUAUGGUUUGAGAGAAGUGAGGCUAGAGAUAGAGCGCUUGUUGCUGCAAAGUUGAAAAAUCAUGUCGACGACCCAAACAAACUACCUAUUUUGAUUUUUCCAGAAGGGACUUGUAUCAACAAUACAUCGGUUAUGAUGUUCAAAAAGGGUUGCUUUGAGGCAGACAGACCCAUCUAUCCCAUUGCCAUGAAGUAUGACCCAUUAUUUGGCGAUGCUUUUUGGAACAGCAGUGAGCAGGGUUGGUGCGAAUAUCUGCUUCGGAUGAUGACAUCAUGGGCAAUUAUUUGCAAUGUGUGGUACUUGCCGCCGAUGACCAGAAACCGAGGCGAGACUGCUGUCGAAUUUGCGAAUCGCGUAAAGAGAGAGAUUGCAGUCCGCGGUGGCUUAGUUGAUCUAGAAUGGGAUGGAGGUUUGAAACGCACGAAAGUUCCAAAACGGAUGGUCGCCAACCAGCAGAAGAAGUCUGGAUUCCACUAA